AUUAGUGUUAGUGCUAGUUUGCUUUCUGUGAUCAUGAGCGGAGUAUGGGUUUAUUUAAUUUGUAUAUAAAUGUAAUUUAAUAAUUUUUUUAUGUGUCGCGAUACGCGACACUUUAAUUAAUUGUCGGACUAGUGAUAUAUUAUUUAAAUUAAGUAGUAAAAAUUACAAUUAAUAACAAUGAAAGGUCUUCACAAUUGCAUCAAUUUCAUACUUUUACUAUACCUUUAUGGUAUCUGUACUACUCAGUUAUUAAUCAAUGUAAAAAAUCAAGGUGGAGACAUAUUUUUAGAAACAAUCACUUCAAAUGUCACUGAAGACGUGAUCACUCUCGAGUUUCAAAGGUCAGAUGGAACUCUAGUAACUCAACUUAUUGACUUCAGAAAUGAAGUUCAAAUUAUUAAAGUAUUGGUAUUAGGUGAAGAAGAACGGGGUCAAAACCAGUAUCAAGUCAUGUGUUUUGUCAAUCAUUUUUAUAAGAUGGAUUUUAUAUCAUCUGAUGCCAUGUCUAAGUUGAGACAAAAAAAUCCUGGAACAAUCAGAGUUGCUGAAGAAGAUAAAGGAUAUAUGAACUACACGAUGGACUUGUUUGUAGAUGUCUCAAAGUCACCAAUCAUUUCUAAGCAUGUCGCUACCUUUUGCUCAGACGCGUUAGAAACUACAUUUACGAGGAAUGAAGAUUUAAAGCAAUGGGUACAAAGACCUGGUACAUCUGAAUCGUUGCUCAUGGCUGCAGUUCAUAAUUUUACUUUAUCAUCUGUUCCACGUCACGGAGAAAAUACAACGAGGUCUACGUCGUUAACUAAAUGUGCCGACACAUCGAAUUUUCGGGCCUCAUGCUCGUGUUCACUAGAACUAUGCAUUGGUUGGUAUCCUUGUGGAUUGAAAUUUUGCAAAAGUAAAAAUGAUGGUAAGAAAGUAGCCUCUACAUACCGGUGUGGUAUAAAAACAUGUAAAAGAUAUUUUCUAUUCUCUUAUUAUUCUAAAAUGAAACAAAACUGUCUUUGGGAUGAAUGACACUUGUAGUAAGAGACCCAGCAUUAGUAAUGCUUCGUCAAAUGAUAAAAAUUCAUUUAAAAUAAUGCACAUUUAAUAAGAAAUGACUAGUGAUAAAAUCUUAUAAUGCAAUUAUUCAUAUAACAUAACAUUUAUAACCCAGCUCAUAUCGCUAUUUAUUUAUAAAUCAAUUUGUAAUAUUUUUUGCACUUUCCAUAUCUAUUAAUAUUUAUUAAGCAUAUCUCUAAUUUUUGUAGUGUAGUAUAGUAAUUAAUUAUAGUAGGUAAUUUUUAAUUAUAUCAAUAUUAUUUUGAUAGACUUGCAUUCUACUAAUAUUUGUAGAAUGCAAAAAAAUGAGAUUAAAUUUUUCCAUCAUUAAAUUAUUUCAUGAUAUUGGUAAAUUCCAUAUAAGACAUUCCGCAGUUCUGAAAAGUUUUCCGAAAAUUUUUAGGUGACAAGAAUUUAUCCGUACAGUACUAACGAAAAAGACUAAGUAAAUUAAAAAUAAUUUAGAUUUAAUAUUGGUCAGUCAAUAGCAAACAUUUUUUAUAAAAAGAUUGAUGUGAUGGUUAAUCUUUAAAUCCUUAUGAAAUACUUUUUUGCAAUAUUCAAAUAAUCUACAAUUAAUGGUAGCUAUAUGUAGUAAAGCCAUUAAUACAAGACUGGAGAAUCUGUCCAUUUACUCCAUAAUUGAAACAUAAAAUUAAUACCAGUGAAAAGAUUUUUUUGUUUUUUAAUAAUUGAUAUGAUACCAGUGAUGAUAAUUUUUUCAUAUCCAAUGAUGGAGAAAGAAUGAAUAAAGAUCAACUCGUUGACUUGUACAAGUUAAAAUUGAUUAAAAAUUCGUAGGAGUGAAUAAGGAAAACUAAUGAACAAAUAAAAGUGCUGAUAGAUUAUAAAUGACUAGUUAUAAUGAGGAAUGUAAAUAAAUGUGUACAUAGUUGCGAGAAUUAACGAACGAUUAGUUUUAAUAGGAAUGAAGCCCAAGUGAUCAAAUCAAUUUUAAUCUAUUAGUUAUACUCUUUUAAAAAUUUAAAUCUAUUUCUUUAUAAUAAUUUUUUUUAUACAUUUUUUUUUUUUAUAUUAGUAUAAAAAAAAUUAUAAUAAUGAAUGCCAUGUGUCGCCAUUAUGAACUGCAAAUGAGUAAUGGAUGAAUAUUAUAAAUACUAAUGUAAUAUGUAUGACUUUUUGUUUUACAUAUAACGUUGUAACUUAUAUACAUAUUUUUUUAUAUCACUUUAAUAAAAAUAAUUGAUACCUCA